AUGGACCAAUAUCAUGAAACACAAGAACACCAAUUAGAUACAUUGUCUUCGAAUGCUUUAAUAGAAGAGAAUAAUUAUAAUUUAUUACAUAAAAUUGGCAGCAAAGAGUUGUUCAUUCUUGGUCCAGUACAAAAAGAAGCGGACAAAAAAGAUGGUGACACACCCGAUCUGAUUAACAACGAAAAAGAAUAUGCAGAGAAAUCUGAAGAAUGGAAAGCAAAUGAAUGGAAAAAAUGGAUAGCAGAAUUAGAUAAGAACUCAGAAACAUUCGCGUCAUUCUUAAAACAAAAAAAAGAAGAAUGGAUUCUUCAAAGAGAACUAGAAUGGAAAGAAUGGAUAAAAUUUAUGGAAGAAAAAUGGGAUCAUUAUAGGGAAAAUGUGAAUCAAGAAUUAGAUCCCUUAAUUUUUAACGAUGCAUCAACGUGGACAGAUGAACAAUGGAAAAACUGGAUGAAAACAAAAGGAAAACAACUGAUAGAAAAUGAUUGGAAAAAUUGGGUUUCUAAAAUUAAUUCAUAUCGAGGAGCAGUGAUGGAUGCAGAAUGGAUUCAAAAGAAAAAUGACAAAAUCAUGGAAUGGGUUAAGAAAGAAUGGAAAUGUAAAGAAGAUAAUUAUUGGGAUUCCUGGGAAAAUAAUACAUGGUCAAAAUGGUUCUCUUUAAAAGAAAGAAAAAAAUGGACCCAGUGGAAAGAUAGACUCAAUAAAGAAGCAGAAGAAUGGAUUGCGUGGGUAGCAGAUAAAGAAAAUCAAUAUUUAGGUGAUGCAGAAGAAAAGCUAGAAGAAUGGAAAAAGAAUCAUUACAUUUUGUUUAACAAGUGGAUGCAAUCGUACAUCAACAAAUGGAUUGCUGAAAAAAAAUGGAAUCAUUAUUCUAAACAGCCUAAAAUUUUAGAGCAUACAUAUAAUUAUUCAAGAAAUCAUGUUGUAGGAAUCAAAUUGGAUGAAUUUACAAGAGGAAGAAAAAUGUAUAUACUUGUGUAUGGUAGAAGUUGUAUGUCAUAUGUGGUACUCAACAUGAUGUAA